GCAUGUGGGAAAUUUACCCACGUGGGAUGCUAUCGGCGCUAGCCAUAUUAGUUUGGAGUGAACGGCAUGUGUACAUAACGUUAGUGGAACAAAACUAUACGCGUUAGCUGUGUUCUAAUAUACGUGAGCCGUAAUAGUAGUGCUCACUAUGUCAUCUUUCUUUAUAAAGAAAAAGGUGAACGCCAGUGUUCCCAAAACGAACGAGAAAGCUGCUGUAUUGAAAAGGAAGGCUGAUGGAGAGUCCAGAAAUAAAGGACGUUCGAAAAAGUUGAAUUCAAGGUUGAAUGAAGAAAUAUCCAGCGACUCUGAGCCAGAAAGUCCUCAGGUCAGUCGGAGAAGGAAAGGCAAUGUGGAGGAAGAAUUUGACGAGACUGCCCAAGAGAAGAAGCUCCGUUUGGCUAAACUUUACCUUGAUCAGCUAAAGGAAGAAGAGGAAAAUAAGGCAGAGGAGUCUUUUGAGACCGAUUUGGUUGCUGGAAGACUUCAGGAAGAAGUGCUCGAACAGAAAGGGAAACUUCAGCGUUUGGUGGCGAAAGACCUUUUCCCACCUGAGGCUGCUGACCUGCGUCUGUUACGUGGCCACAAGCUUCCUGUGACCUGUUUGGUCAUCUCUCCUGAUGACAAGCAUAUCUUCUCUGCUGCCAAGGACUGUGCCAUUAUCAAGUGGGAUGUAGAGACGGGUAAAAAACUACACACGAUCGCUGGAGGGAGGAAGGGGACGGAGGACCGGCAUGUGGGUCACACCGAUCACAUCCUGUGCAUGGCCAUAUCGUCCGACGGCAAGUACCUGGCCACUGGAGACAUGAAUAAACUGAUCAUGAUAUGGGAAGCGUCAACAUGUAAACACCUGUACAAGUUUACAGGGCACAGGGGACCAGUGUCGGGCUUGUCAUUUAGAAAAGGCACACAUGACCUGUACAGUGCUUCACAUGACCGCUCUGUCAAGGUCUGGAACGUGGAUGAGAAUGCCUAUGUUGAGACACUGUUCGGCCAUCAGGACGUGAUCACGGGUCUGGACUGCCUGAGCCGGGAACGCUGUGUGACCGCGGGCGGUCGGGACAGGUCGGUCAGAGUGUGGAAGAUCGCAGAGGAGUCGCAGCUGGUGUUCCAUGGCCACGAGGGUUCCAUUGACUGCAUUCAGCUCAUAAACGAGGAGCACAUGAUCACUGGAGCGGAUGACGGGUCUGUGGCCCUGUGGAGCGUUAACCGGAAGAAGCCACUCAGCACGGUGAAGCAGGCGCACGGUUGCCAUGGGGACCCAGGCUUGGAGCAGCCCCACUGGAUCUCAGCAGUGGCAGGACUGCAGAACACAGACACCGUGGCAUCAGGUGCUUCCAGCUGUUCCCAUAAUUCCAAGGUGCAGCUGUGGCGGUGUGGCGAGGGAUAUCGCGGUCUGCACCCCCUCUUCAGCGUCCCUGUGACAGGUUUUGUGAACAGCCUGAAAUUCUCCAGCUCUGGAAGUUUCCUGGUGGCAGGUGUUGGGCAGGAGCACAGGCUGGGCAGAUGGUGGAGGAUCAAAGAAGCUAAGAAUGGCCUUUAUAUAAUUCCCUUGAAGAAAAGGGACUCGGACCAGGAGGCUGCAAGCGGUGAAUAGUAGAUGUUGGAGUCUCGCAUGCCCGAGAGGUUUUGUAAAUGAGUUUCUGAAGCAUCACAUGCUAAAUUUCUAAUUUUUGUUGAUUAAAAUCUAUUAGUUUUCAGCAA